GUUCUCUCUGUAGUAUUUUUCUACAGAAGGACAUUACUCACCAAUGACAAAAUAACAUAUGGCAUCCACCAAAGUACGAAGUACACAGUACACAGAACGGUAAAGCGAUGUAACGAGUAGUUCGUUCUCUGUUCUUUUGCCUCGUCGUUCACUCGUUCUUCUCAUAACACAAAAAUGUAAAAAAAGCACACAACAACACAACAAACGCAGCUACUAGUAACAUAUUUCAACAUUUACAUAUAUCACCAUUUAUUAUUAACAACUUCUUCAGGAUAAAUAUGGCGUUUCCCUUUAAAUCACUUCUAAGUGAACCAGAGACCCAAUCCCUUAUGUUUUUCUUAGCAAAUAGUCUGGUACUCAUUUAUGUUCUACUCUUUGUUGCCACCUGGCCUUACACGUUGUUAUAUUUGGUUGCUCAUGUUGCUGUCUUCUUUGUUAUUAAUAAGCGUUUGUCAAGUGGCCGUUUAUAUACAUCAAAGAAGAAUUUGAACAGUCAAAUUGUUAUAGUUACCGGUGCAGCAUCAGGAAUAGGACGAGUCACUGCUGUUGAAUUGGCCAAACUUCAAGCACGUGUCAUUGUCGGUAUACGUGGUCAAACAAGAGCUGAACGCACAGCUCAAGAAUUAAGCAAGGAAUCUGAUGGAAAUGUUAUUGGUUAUCAUCUAGAUUUAAGUGAUUUAUCAAGUAUUAAAGCAUUUGCUGAAAAAAUUGAUAAAGUAGAUAUUCUAAUCAACAAUGCUGGGGUUUCAAAACAAAAGAAAGAACUUACCAAAGAUGGUCUCGAAUGUACUUUUGGAACAAAUCACAUCGGUCAUUUUUAUUUAACUCAACUUCUUCUUCCUUUACUAAUUCAGUCAAAUGGACGCAUUGUCAACGUGAGCAGUGUCAUGCACAAGUUCGUUAGUGAAAAUAUCGAUUUCGCAAAAGUUAAUUCAUACAAUGCUCUCACAACAUAUGCUGAAUCAAAACUGGCUAACGUCUUGCAUGCUGUUGAACUUCAACGGCGCUAUGGAAACCAAGGCAUCAAAGCCUACUCACUUCAUCCUGGUGGCAUCCUUUCGACUGAACUAACCCGCGAGCAAACGCCGAUUCUAACAGUCUUAAUGGCCUUUUUCGAUGUUAUCAUUAGUAAGACAAUGAGUCAGGGAGCAAUGACAACGUUAUAUUGCGCGUUGUCGGAUGAAGCUCAACCUGGAAAGUACCAUUCCAAUUGUCGAGUAGCUCAACCAAGUUUAACUGCUUAUAACUUGAGAAAAGCUCAAGAAUUAUGGGAAUUGAGUGAACAAAUUUUAAAAGAAAAAAUAAAAUAG